CUGCCAUGUCCUAUGACCGCUAUGUGGCCAUCUUCAAACCCCUUCACUAUGCGACGAUUAUGAACAACAGAGUCUGUACCCAGCUGCUUAUUACCUCUUGGUUAGCUGGGUUGUUAACCAUCUCUCCUGGACUUAUCAUGGCCUUGAGGCUUGAGUUCUGUGAUGCCAACGUUAUUGACCACUUUGGCUGUGACUAUUCUCCUCUCCUGAAACUCUCCUGCACAGACACACGGGUCAUAGAAUUGUUAAGUUUUAUUUUAGCCAUUGCCACACUCCUGAUUACACUGGCACUGGUGAUACUCUCCUAUGCAUAUAUUCUGAGAACAAUCCUGAAGAUCCCUUCUGCCCAGCAGAGGAAGAAGGCUUUUUCCACCUGUUCCUCCCACGUGAUAGUUGUCUCUAUCUCUUAUGGCAGCUGCAUUUUUAUGUAUAUGAAACCUUCUGCAGAGGAGAGGGUAGCUUUAAACAAGGGGGUAGCCGUACUCAACAUUUCAAUUGUACCUCUCUUAAAUCCUUUCAUAUAAAAAAAACUAAGAAAUAAGCAGAUAAAACAAGCCCUGAAGGAGGUAAUUAAGAGAUGUAUCUUCAUUAUAUA